AUGACUGAUAUAAAUGAUAUAAUAAAAGAAAUAAUAUACCGGUCAGCUGAUGAAUGUAAUUUUAAUAAUGAAGAAUUAAAUUUCACCAGUAUUUUAAAAUUUUUUUAUGAUAUUACAAAUAAAUAUAAUGUGAAAAAACAAUUAUGUGAUGAAAUAUUUAACAAGUUAUUAAUAAUAUGUAAAAAUAUAAUUGAUGAUAAUAGUAUAACUGACCAUGAUAAUAAUAUAAUUAAUCGUAAUAAUAAUAUUAUUGAUAAUAAUGUAGAUAAAUUUAAUUAUUAUUAUAAUAAAAAUGAUGAGUAUAUGCAAACAAAUAUAAGACAUUCAGAUGAAUAUCAAAUUAGGGAUAUAAAAAAUUGUCAUAAUAAUAAUAUUAUUAGGGAACAUAAUAGCUAUUAUAAAAAUUCUGAAUAUGUUAAUCCUCUUAUCAUAUUAAAAAACGAUGAACACAAAAAUAAUAUUAAUAAUAAGAAUAAUACUUGUAGUACUAUUGUAAAAAUAAAACCUUUAUAUAAUGAAAAGGCAAAGGAAGAAAAAUUAGAUGUUUAUUAUUAUGAUAUUAAUAAAGACAAAAAAUUGAAUAACCUUUACUCUUCUUAUUUGUAUAAAAAUCAACAAAAAGAACAAAAAAGUAUUAUAUAUAAUGAUAAUAAUAAUAAUAUUAAUAAUAAUAAUAAUAAUAAUAAUCGUAGUCAUAAUAAUAUUAUUAUUUCUUAUAAUAAUCAAACUAUUCCUAUUCAUAAAGAAAAAUAUCCAUGCGUCUAUUUUAUUGAAGAUGAUAAUAUAAAAAAUAAUGAUGAUGAUGAUAACAAUAUAAUACAUAUAGAUGAGAAAUCAUUUCUACACAAAAAUAAUAGAAACUUGCUAAAAUUAUUUCUGAACGGAGAUAUAAUUCAUAAUGUAUAUAAAAAAAUUAUUAAAAAUAAACAUUUAAAAAAAACGAAUAGAAAUAGUUUGCAAGAUAAAAAUAGUAAAAUGAAAUUAUAUAAUGAAAGUAAUAUAUUCUUUACCUUUUGUAUUUUAAGAAAAUAUUAUUACACAUGGUUUCAACAUUCUUAUAAACAAAAAAUAUUACAAAAAAGACUUGAAAAAUAUAAUAAAAUAGUAAGAAAAAAGAUUUUGUUAAAAUAUUAUGAUUUGUGGUUUUAUUAUAAUGAAAAGAAAAAUUAUCUUAAAAGUGCUUAUGAUAAAUUUGUUAAUAAAAAAAAUAUAAAGUUAUUAAAACAAUUUUUUAAUAAUUUUAUUAAUAAAUAUAAAAAGAGAAAAAAAAAAAAUUUCAUUUACCUUGUUCAUAUUUUUAACGAAUGGAAAAAUUAUACUAAAAAAAGAAAAACACUUCAAUAUGCUACUAAAAAAAUUACUCAGAAAAAAAAAAAAAAAUUCUUCCUUUUAUGGAAAAAUAAUUUCUUGAACAAAAAAAUGAAAAAAAAGAAAAAAAAUGAAAUUCAAAAUAUUUAUAAUAAAAAUCUAGUAAUCAAAUGUUAUGUUCAUUUUAUUUUAUUUUAUAACAAAAGAAAAAAAGAACAUAUAAAUUAUUCUGUCAUAUAUAAUAAUACAAAAUAUAAUUUGUCUUAUAAAUACUUUUCAUUAUUUAUACAAAUAUAUAGAGAAAAUAUAUUUUUUAAACAAUAUUAUACAUUAUAUUUAGAAAAGGUUCGAAAUAUAUUUUUCAAAAAAUAUUUUACUAUUCUGAAAGAAUAUGUAUGUAAACGUAAAAAGUUACAAACAUCAUUUUUUAAUAUUAAUAGAAAUAAACAAAUUAAUUUUCUAAAGUUUUAUAUGGAAAAAUGGAUACAUAGAUAUAAUGAAAAAGCAAAAUUUAAUAACAUAUUGCAAAUUUAUCAUGAUAAAAAUAAGUUGUAUAUUUUUAAAAAGUAUUUUGAUAUUAUAAAAAAACAUAAAGAAAAAUCUUUUAAUUUGAAAAAGAAAUUUUUGUUUUUAUAUGAAAAAAAAAAUAAGGAACAAGUACAACACAUUUUUACAAACUGGAAAAAUUACUAUUCUAUAAAUUCAACCAAAUAUAUAUUAUUAUAUAAUAAAUAUAAAUAUAAGCUUUUAAUAAAUUAUUUUCACUUUUUGUAUAAUUAUAAAAAUUAUAGAAAAACGAAAAAGAAAAAAACAAAACAAAUGGAUGAUUAUUCAAAAAAUAAAUUAAAAACAAAAGCAUUUAUGAAAUGGAUCUUUUAUCAUAAAAAUUAUAAAAUAAAUAUACUUACAUUUUAUAAUUUCAAAAAUGAUGGCAACUUUUUUGUAUAUUUCAUUCUCAAAAUGUUAUGGAAAUAUCAGACCAUUGAUAACAAAACACAUUCAAAAACAUUCUUUGAUCUUAUUAAUUUCUCUAAUAUUAAUAUAAAUAUAAACACAUUAAUUUAUAUACAUAAAAAAUAUUUUACAAAAAAAAACAUUCAAAUUAAUGUCAAUAUUUUUUAUGAAAAUGUUAUGUUUGUUUAUAAAACAUUGAAUAUUGUCUUUUCAUAUAUACCUGUCUUAUUUUUUGUAAAUAUGAAUAAGUUGAAAUUUAAUUUGCCCUAUAUAUCCUUUGCAAUCAAAAUGGCCUUGUAUAAACGUAUAUUCGACACUUGGCUAGUCGAUUGUAGGAGAAUUAAACAAUUCAAGAAGUUAGUUAAUAACAAGUUGUUAAAAAACUAUUUUAUGCGUUUUUUCUCAUUGAUUCAGAAAAAGAAGAAAUUAAACAACGAACUAAUAAAGUAUAAGUAUAAAAGAAAAAUAAUAUUAAAAAAGAAGCUUUUUUCUACUUGGGUCUUUUUGUGGAACAAAUAUAUAAAUUUUCGUUCUAAUUUUGAGAAAUUUGAUGUAAAUAAUAAAAGGAAAAGAAUUAAGAAAAUAUGGAUGAAAUGGCUAGCUAUAACAAAAGAAAACAAAUUAAAGAAGGAACAAAUUGUCGAAUUUUUCAAAAGUUUAUUAAAAAAAAAGAAAAAAAAAGUAUGGGAUACAUUAAAUGAAUAUGUGAGUACAUGUAGAAGAAAGAAGAUACAAAAUAAAAUAGCAGAUUUAUACUGUAUGAAGAACUAUAAGAAAAAAGCAUUUAUGUCAUUGUUUAUGUAUUCAAAGAAUGUUAUGUAUUUUAAGACAUUAAAUAAUAUAGCACAAUCAUAUUUAAAAAGAUUAUGUAUAAUAAAAUGGAGAAAUAUAACAAGAGAGUUUUUUAAAAGAAAGAAAGAAUUGCAAAAUAGACAAUAUCAUUUUGACUUAAAUAUACAAAGAAAAUAUUUUCGUAUUCUUUUGUUAUUUGUUCAUUUUCGUGCUAUAAAAAAGAAAAAGUUCCUACAUUUCAAAGAAAUACAAUACAAAAUAUGGAUAUAUCGAUAUUUCAAUGAAUGGAAGAAUUACAUAAAAAUUAAACAAAAUAAAAAGGAAUUUCUUGAAAACAUGAAAAAUUUAUUCAACAGGAAAAAAAAAUUACAGUUUUUAAGUAAAUGGUAUACUUCAUUUAUAAUAAAUGUCAAAUUUAAAGAGGUAGAAAAAAUUAUUGCUUUCAAAUUUAGUAUUCUUACUUUUGAAACGUUAUUUCUAUAUAAUCAGAAAAUGAAGAGGAUUGAAUUGUUUUUAAGAAAUCGAAGCAAAGUAUUUAUAUGUCAAAAUAUUAUAAAAAGAUGGAAACACUAUAUAAAAAUUAAAAGGUUAAAAAAGCAUAUAAGAUUAAAGAAUUGUCAUUUAAUAAAAGAUAAAUAUUUUAGUACAUGGAAAAAAACAUUCGAUAAAGUAAGAAAGAGAAAAAUUAGGGAAAGCAAAAUAUAUAAAUAUAGGCAAACAAAAGAUAAGAAUAUUGUACAUUUAUUUUAUAAUGAAUGGAAGAAUGUCUUUUUACAAAAUAAGAAUAUAAAACAUUUUGUCUAUGUAAUAAAUAAUCAUUUAUUAUAUAAAUUAAAAUAUAGAUCAUUUGUUGUAAUAUACAAAAAUUGUGAGUAUUACUCAACCUUACAAUUUUUGUUUAAUAAUUUUUUAAUAGAUAAAAGAACUAAAAUAAAAAGAAAUGUGUUCUCUAUAUUAAAAUGUAAUACAAAAAAUAGGAGAACACAUAAAAAAGCCAUUCGUUUUUUUUAUAAUAAUAUAAUGUCAAAAUAUUUUAACGCUAUCAAAAUAUAUCGACAAAGAAGACUCACAUAUAGGAAGAAUGAACAAGAGUUGAUAAAUAAGAGAAAAGCUACAUAUUUCUAUGCUAUUAUGAAUUUCUAUAAUUUUCUUAAUAAGGUUAAGAGUAAUUUUUAUCAAAUAAGAAUAAGGGUAGAUAAUAAAAUAAAAAAGGAGUUCUUUAGCAACUGGUUCAUAUUCGUGAUGAAAAGAAAAAAAGAAAGGAAUACAUUUUUGUCAGUACUAAGAAAAAGAGUAAAUAAGGUGAAAUCUGAAAUUUUCUUUAAUAUGAAAAGAAGGGUCAACAAAAAAAAAUAUGUUCUUUUAUUAUUAAAUAGAAUGGAGGAAUUAAUAAAAAAUAAAAUAUAUCGUUAUGGCAUAAACCAAUUGAAGAUAAAUAGAAAGUGUUCCAAAAUACACGAGAAAUUAUAUUUAAAAAUGCAAAAAAAAAUGAACCAGAAAAUAUUACAGAAAUGCUUUAAGACGCUGAAGAAUCGUAUAUCCAAAAAAAGAAAAAGAGAACUAGAGAAGAAUAUGGUUUCUUUUUUCUGUGAACAAUUAUUUAAGAAAAAAUAUUUUAAUAUAAUUUGUCAUGUUUCUAAAAUAAAAAUGAUGGAAAGAAAUAUGAUUAUUUUAAAAAUAGGAAAUAAUCAUUUGUUUUAUUUGUUAAGAAGACAUUUUGAUAUAUGGAAAUAUUAUAUUGAUAAAAAAAAAGAAUAUAAAAAAAAAAUUGAACUGAUUAAUAUAAAUAAGAAAGCCAAAAUAUUUUACUUCAUGUUAUAUUUAAAAAUUAAAAGUAAUUAUGAUAAUAUCUAUGUAUUAUAUAAGAUGUACAGUUUAUUUCAUUCAUCUAGUUGUAAGAUGAUAAAUCUUGAUGAAGCACUUAAAUAUAGAAGUAAAUUGAAAUGUUGUAAUAUAGAUAUUGAUCGAAAUUAUAUACUUGGAUAUUAUGAAAAUCAAAAUAAAGAUCUUGAAGAUCGUGUUUAUGAAUAUAUGGAUUUUCCUUUGUCUAAUAAAAAAAAAUAUAUGUUACACAAAUUUUUAUAUUUAAAAAAGAAAGUUGUAAUGUUAAGCAAAAUAUAUAACGAAAUAAAAUUUGAACAGGAUGAUUUAUUAUAUUUGAAUAAAAUUAAAUACAAAGAGAAAAAAAAAAAAAAACUACAAGGGAUACAAAAUCAUAUACAUAUAUGCUAUAUGUUGAAGAAUAGUAAUAUGAGUAGUUUGUUAUUAAAUUAUUUAUUGAUGUAUGAUUAUUAUGAUAUGUAUUAUUUCUGUCUACAUAUUAAAAAGCAUUUUAAUAUUUUAUACAAUUAUUUUUUUAAUUUCUUGUCUGUAAAAAUGAAAAAAUUAUUAUUGAAGUUUUUUAAGAAGAGUAUUUCUCUUUCUAAUUUUAUAAAGAUGAUAAGUAUAAAGGAUAAGGACAUACAUCAGCAUUUUAAGAUAUUAAUAUUUAUUUAUUAUUUGUUUAGUCGUUAUAUUAGAUAUGAUCACAAGAGUGAUGAAUGUGAUAAUAAUACAAUGGAUGGAAAUAAUAAACUUGUGAGUGAUAUCAAUAAUAAUAAUAAUAAUAUAUGUGUUAUUAUAACAAAAGUAAUAAACAAUUUCCUAUAUAUCAAAGAUAGUUAUGUUGAUGAAGAAGAAUCCGUAUCUGACCUGCACAAUAAUAAUCUAAAUAUAAAAAAAAAUAAAUUAAAAGGCUCAAAUAAAUUAAAUAAGAAAUAUAUAUCUAAAAAGGAAAAAAAGAAAAAAAGUAUAUAUGUGGAUAAAAAAAUAAAAAGAGAAAAUAAAAAUAUGUUAAGAAAAAGUUGUAAUAAUAAAUAUGUCGUAUAUCUUAAUAGUGAUAAGAAAAAUAAAAAUGACAACAAAAAAAAAAAUGUUCAUGAGUACAUGAAUUGUAAAUUGAAUAAGAUGUCAAAUAUGAAUUUAUUUAUGUCACAAGUGUCAUGCAUUUCUUCAGUAGGUUCAUCAAAUAAUAGUGAAGAAUAUAUAAUAAGAAGAAAUGAAGAAAUAAAUGAAAAGGAAAAGGACAUUAGAAAUAUAUCUAUAAAUAAUAUUUAUAAUAAUAAAAAUAAUUAUAAUUAUAAUUGUAGUGGUAUAAACAAAAUGUGCAUAUUAAGCGGUUACAAAAAUAUACAGGAGGAUUUAUUAAAAAACCGAAUUGAAGAGAAUAUGAAAGAAUAUAUAAGACAAUUUUAUGAAGAUUUAAAAAUUUAUAUUUUAUCAAAUUUUCGAGAUACAGACAAUAGUUCAAGUAACAUAAAAAUUAAUUAUUCAUUUUUAUUAUUAAAUGUUGAAAAGAAGAAAAUAAUUGAAAUGUAUAUAUUUUUUAAAAGAUUUAAAAAAAGUGUAAUAUCAUGGAAAAUGUAUUGUAAAUAUAAAAAAGAGAGAAGAGAAAUUGAUAUAAAUAAAAUGAAUAAUAUAAAAAAUAAGAUGACAAAAGAAAUCGUUGAAAAAUAUUUUGGUAUAUGGAUUAUAUUAUUUAAUGAAAAAGUUAAAGAAAUAAAAAAGAAAAGAAAAAUAUUUUUAAAAAAACAUAUACAUUUGAUAUUUAUUUCAUGGCAUAAAUUAAUACAAGUAAAUAAUUAUGAUAAAGAAAAAUUUAAAGAAUUAAAACAAGUCUGUUUUAAUAGAAUAAAAAAAAUAUAUUUUGAAAAACUUUAUUUAUAUUAUAUAAAAAUGAAGAAUGAGAAAAGAAAUUAUGCAAUAAUUAAAAAACAUUGUAAUAAUAAAAAGAAACAGACAUUUUUUUAUGUAUGGUUAUUAUUAUAUCAAUAUGAAAAAAAAUAUUAUUAUAUAAAUAAACAAAUGAAUAAUAAAAAAUUACAAGAAUAUUUUUAUAAAUGGAUAUAUAUAUAUGAAAAAAAACAAAUAUAUAUACAUUUUUGCAACACACUAAAUGAACUGUUUUUUAAAAAAUAUAUAUUUAUUCCUAUUAUUAAACAAUUCAAAUUCUAUAAUUAUAUAAAAGAGAAAAAGGAGAAUAUAGAAAAAAAAUAUUUUCUUAUAUAUUAUAAUAUAAUAAAAAAAAAUAAUAUUCUAAACAAAUUACAAUUAUAUAUAUAUACAUCUAUUCAAUAUAAAGAAUUAAAAUAUCUCUUUUCUGUUUGGAAUAAGAAAUAUAAGAAAAGAAAGAUAUGCAGAGAUGAAUUGCAGCAAAUUAUAAUAAAUAAAAAAAGAAAAUAUUUAGACGAUUGGCUAGCCAAAUAUAAUGAAAGUAAAAAUAAUGUUAUAAAAAAAUAUAUGCAUAUGAAUAAUUUUAAAAGGAUGUUAUAUUGGAAUAAAUGGAUGUCUUAUCAUCGUUAUAUGAAAAUAAUAAAAAAGAAUAAUAAAUAUUUAUUAUUAAAAUAUUUUUCUAUAUAUAAAAGAAAAUAUAAUACAAAUGUAGUAAUACAAAAUUUUAUCAAGAACAAAAAUAAUAAAUUAAUAAAAGAUAUAUUUACUGUUUUAAAAGAAUAUAAAGAGGUUAAAAAAUAUCAUAAACAUAUAGAAGAAUACUGUAAAACAUAUUAUAAGAAAAAGACAUUGAAGAUGUAUUAUUCUUAUUGGUUAUAUGAAUAUUAUAAAAUAAAGAAAAUUAAAAAUGUGUUACAUUAUAUGUUUAAAAUAUAUAAUGAUAAGAUGAAAAGAGUAAUUAUGAAUAAAUGGAUAGAAUAUAUAAAUAAAAAAAGAUUUUUAAGGAAUAAUCAUAAUAAUAUUGUAAAAUCUAAAAAUAAUAUAAUAAUAAACAAAUGUUUUUUGAUGUGGAACAAAUUAUAUAAUUUUUUAAAAAAAAAGAAAAGAAAUAUAUUAUAUACAUAUAUGCAUAUUUGGAGUAUUCAUUAUAAAUUUGUAUGUUUUAUUAAAAAGAUAAAUAUAUAUCUAUAUAAUAUAUAUCAAAAUAAUAUAUUUUCUUUUUAUUAUAUUUUAAAAAAGAAAAAUGAAAAUUAUUAUUGUUUACAAGAAAAAGGCAAAUUUGUAUUUAUUCAAAAUCAAAUAUGUGAAUAUUUAAAAUAUAAAAAUGAUAUGUUAUAUGACACAUUUCAUUCUUUAUAUAUAUAUAAAGAAAAGAAUAAGACAUUAAGAAAAUAUUUAGAAUUAUAUAAAAUGAAGAAUAUACAAAAAGAGAAAAGAAAAAUAUUUUUUAUAUUAUUAAAAUAUAAAAAUAUAAAAAAAAAGAAAAAUAUUUUAUUGUCAACAUUGUAUACAGAUAUUAUUAAUCAAAAAAAAGAAUAUCUUUUAAAAAAAUAUUUUAUUAUAUUAACCAAUAUAUAUUUUUAUAAUUACCAUUUAAAUGUUUGUGAGAAAACCAUUAAUGAUAGAAGAGAAAAGAGAAUAAUAAAUUGUUUCUUAAAUAAGUGGAAGGAAUAUAUUAAAGAAUGUAAACAAUUAAAUUAUUUAGACAUGUUGUCACAACAAUUUUUAAAUUAUCGUAGGAAAUCUGAAUUUAUAAUUUCAUUAAAACAAUAUUAUGUAGAACAUAAAUGGAAAAAUUAUUGUGAAUAUAAUUCAUUAAUUUUUUAUAAAAAAGUACAAGAAAGAAUGUUAUCUAACUUUAUUAAAUUUUGGAUUAUGAAAGCCAAUCAAUUUGAAUAUUUCCAACAAAAAUUUGAUGAAUUUCAAAAACAAUAUAAUAAAAAUAUUAUAAAAAAAUAUUUCUUUCUUUUAAUUUUUUCUAUAAAUAAAAUUAAAAUUGAGAAGAAAAAUUUCGAUAUUGUUCAUUUGAAAAGAAUCAAAAUGAUGAAGUAUAAAGUUUUUUAUUAUUUAUAUGAUAUGACAAUGUCUCGUAUUAAAAAAUAUGAACAAGUCAUGACAACACUGAAACAUCAAAAGGGGAACGAAAUAUGUUUGAAAAGAAAAUUUUAUUUUGCUUUCUUGAAUUAUAUCAAAUAUAAGAAGAGCAUUCACCAAAUAUUAAUAACUCUUCAGGAUAAAAAAAACGUGAGCCUUCUGAGAAAAUAUUUUUACAUCUUUAUCUACAAAUAUGUUACAAAUAUGAAUCAUUAUAAAUAUUAUUAUUAUAAUAAGUUUUUGUCUUUGUGGAAAUAUUACAUUGUCAUGAGGAAGGGGCACAAAUCGAGUCAAAAGAGUGAUGAAAGUGAAAGUGUAGAUGGUCAGGUGGGAGGAGCUGAAUAUUAUGACGAGGAAGGAGAUGAAGAAGAUGAAGAAGAUGAAGAAGAUGACGAAGGUGACGAAGAUGACGAAGAUGACGAAGAUGAUGAAGAUGACGAAGAUGAUGAAGAUGACGAAGAAGAUGUUGAGAAUGAAGAUCUCAAUGAUGAGAAUGAAGAUCUCAAUGAUGAGAAAGAAGAUAACCAUGAUGAGAAAGAGGAUGUCUAUAACGAUAAAAAUUACAAUAACGUAGAUAAUAACGAUGAUAACAAUAAAGAAGAAAAUAGUAGUUAUGAAAAAUUUUCCUCCGAGAACCAUAUUAAUAAUAAAGAUCAUGUUGAUUUUUUUGUUGACAUAUUAGAUGAUGAAAUAAAAGUACAAAAAGAAACAAAACCAUUUGAUAAUAGUAGUACUUCAAAUGAUUCUUUGGGUUAUUCAUCUUGCAUUUUUAAAAUUGAGAAAAAAAAUUCCAAUCAAAAUAAUAAGAAAGAAAAAAUAGUAGAAAAUAAUAAUACGAGAGAUUAUAUAAAUUCAGGAAAAGAUAAUUUGAAGGAAUCUUUUGAAACGAAGGAUGAUAGCGACACAUCUUGUUCUAUAGAUAUUAACAAUCUUGUCAUGAUAAAAUAA